UAUAUAUAUAAAUAUUUGUUUACAUCUUAUCUAUGAAAAAAUCCAAGCGCCAUCUAUGUUUUAAUUCAUAAAAUGAAAAUUCCUUGUUUCGGUCUUAAAAGUCUACUUUCGGUUUCAAACAUCUAUUAAGAAGAUGGAAAAUAAAACAGAUAUAAUUGAAAUGCUAACAGAAACCAAAGGGAAAUUGGACACUAUCAAAGAACUGAAUAAGGAAAUCCACACUGCAUUAGAUGUCAUAGAAAAGAGAAGAAACAAUCAACAGACAGCGGCAGGCGCAGGAUCUGGUCAAGUUGUUGGUGAUGAUAAUGAAUCGAAAACUUCAAAUAGUGAACUUACUAAAGACACGGCUACCCUUUCCCACAAAGAUGACGAUAAUCCCUCAGAAAGCAGUACACCUACCGAAAACAUGAUGGAAGAGGCAAGCCAAAAUGUUAAUGGUGAAAGUAACAGAGACGAAAAGGUUAAAGGCAUUCUCAAAGCACCUAAAGUAGGAUCAAAACAUUCAUAUGGGUUCAAGGAACGUCUAGAUUUAAAUUUUAAUCAUGUAAUGUAUGGGAGUAAAUUGAAGAGAAACGCUGUAGAAAUGUAUCAAGACAACAGAUUGUGUGAAGAAUUUGGACUUGAGCCAAACAUUGGUAACGUUUACGAAAGUAGAAGACCUCCUUCUCCUGUCACAAAUGAAGCGACUGCACCAACACGUAAUCUCACUAAAGUGCCAGUCAAUGAUGAUUGUAAUAAACAAGUGACAUUAGAUUCACGUGAGGGUAGUGUUACUGAGAGGUCAAAACCAAAAGAGAAACAAGUUGCUAUCUCUAAACGACAAAGCCAAAGCCGUUCAAAAACGACUCCAAGCGCAGAGGGCGCUGUUGAAAGUAAGGUAAAGAAGAAACAAACUGAAAAGAGAGAAUUAGAGAAAUCGCAACCACGUCCUGAAAUGAAAGUCAAAGUUCCAAGUAGAGACGGUGCCGGGGGACAGCAGUUACAGGACCAGAUGGCUGGUAUGUUAGGAUCAUUACAGAACACAGGGGUCCAGAUACAGUUGUCGAGAGAUGCUUGGUUAAAUACGAUUACAGAGCACAUGAAUGUGGAUGAUCAACAAAAAGAAGGAAUACGAGAGCAGAUGGUCCCUGUUCUUAAUAUGUUAUUCGGAGAAGGAGAGACUGUUAACCCUUUAGAAUUUUUAAAUCUGACGAAAGACAAAUUUAUGGAGAGGAUAUUUAAGAUGUUUUCAACUGAUGAAAAUCUUAGUGAGGAGGAUCAACAGGUAGUAGCUGGACUAGCGAAUUCAUUUUUUGAUGAAAAUGGAAAAAUUGAUUUGUUAAAAUGUGUUCAGGCUGGACAGGGUUUAUGGACUGGGCAGUUUAAAUCUAUGAUGGAUCAAGCAUUAGGACAGGCAGAAUCACAAAAUGAUGACGAAGCAGACGACGACGAAGCAGAAGAUGACGAAAGUGACAAGUCACGUGACACUUCUUUUGGGCACAGUGCUGCAGCAUUAACAUAUAAAACAGAGGAAAAUGAAACAGAUGAAAACGAUUCAGAAGUGGAACGAAUUGAUAUAGACCCAGACGUGUGGGUUCAAUAUGCAAAUGAUGAGGUAGUGAAGGGAAAGGUAGCACAGGAUGUACGUGAAAGUGGUAUGGACACAGUUAUUUGUCUUGACCUAUCACACUCCAUGAGGGGAUAUGCGUGGGAGCAAGCUACCACAUUUAUAAAGAAUUUUGUUGAAGGUAUUCAAAAUUCUACAUUAAUGGACACAUCAUACGAACACAUAGCCCUCGUGACGUAUGGCAGCGAGACUCGAGUACAACAACAUUUGACCUGUGAUUAUGUGGAGAUCUUCCGGAAGUUGUAUCGUCUCAAACCAAGUGGUCCCUCCCCGAUGUAUGCAGGGUUACAGAUGGUACACGCCGCUAUUCUUGGGGCCGGAAUGGUCUUCAAAUGCAAUGGUUAUAGAAUGUAUCCUAGGGUAUUUUUGAUUACGGACGGGAGAGCAACACCAGCCGGUAUGGUUUCAGGACCAGAUGUAUGUCCACCAGAACUUUUACAACAGGAGCAGUUUCCUAUUCUCAAAGUGGUGAAAGAACUUCAUGAUAAAUACCACGUGACUAUUAACACAGUUCCGGUUGGAGAAUGCGAUGCGACAUUGUUAGAGAAAAUUGUACAAAUUUCAAAAGGAAAAAUGAUUUCACCAGAAGAUUGGAGAAUGCAGUCCAGAGUUUUUAAAAACUAUUUAGCUGCUGCCAAGUUAUGUGGAGGACCAUUCGCUAAGAUGCUAGCUCCAGGUCUGAAGACGAUGAUGUUGGACGCUGUUAAUGCAUCACCAGAAGAUAAGAUACAGAUGGAGGAAUUUCUACACAGACAUGAACAGGAAGAAGACGAGGAUUCAGACGACCAGGAAACGGACACUUUCCCGCCAUUAGGGUCACGUGUUCGUGGUCACAAUCCUGGAUCAACAAUAAUGACAGAGUCAAUGGCUAUUGGGACAAUAACAAAACAUUUUUCUGAUGGUCAUAUUGGGAUCACGUGGGACGAGCCGAAUGACAACGGUAAAUUACGAGAGAAGAAACCGUACCAACCUGGUGCACGUAACGUUAAUUGUUGUUGACGAACCUCGGGUACUGAAGGACGACGAAAUGAUUGCAGAAGGAUGCCGAGUGACAAGAGGCAAGGAUUGGUGCUACCCUGAUCAGGAUGGAGGGCCAGGCAACUUGGGAAGUGUUUAUAGUAUAAAACCAAAUGGCAUUGUCAGC